AUGGAGCCAGCGCUGGACCCGGAGGCGCGCUGCAAGGACCGCUUGAACUCCCUGGCCAUCUCCGUCAUGAAUCAGUGGCCGGGGGUGAAGCUGCGGGUGACGGAGGGCUGGGACGAGGACGGGCACCACUCGGAGGAGUCUCUGCAUUACGAGGGCCGAGCUGUGGACAUCACGACCUCAGACCGGGAUCGCAACAAGUACGGCAUGCUGGCUCGCCUGGCCGUGGAGGCUGGCUUUGACUGGGUCUACUACGAGUCCAAGGCGCACAUCCACUGCUCCGUCAAGUGA